AUGCGCACAAUACUGACCUAUGGGGGCGAUAUCUUUGCUUUGGAUCAGCGAGGUAAUUCUGCAUUGCAUUUGUCAGCAUGCUCAGAUAAUUAUCGAGAUGCAUUGCGUGAACUGUUGGCAUGGUUAACCGACACUAAAUUCAUAAAUAUUGUCAACGAUGAGCGUAAGACACCGUUGCAUAUUGCAGCUGAGAAUUGUGCUGUGAAAUGUGUUCGUGAACUUUUGAAGGUUUGUUCUGAGUUUCAUUCAAUAUCAUAUGUCAUUCUCCUUGUACUCAUUUUCAUCGUUACUAAACGAUUAUCAAAAAUAAAGUUGUAA